AUGUUUAUUGGGGACAUGGACAUUUUGAGGUUGAUGGUCUAUGUGCAGCAGGUAGAGGAAGAGAAGCUUAGAGAUAGAGAUGAGUUCAAGAAUAAAAAAGCAAAGAUAGGAAAUGAGUCUGGGCAGCAGAAUGGUAGAGUGAAUCGUUCGUCCUUUCAGACGAAAAAUGGGCCUGCACCAUCAUAUGUUAGUGCACUUAAACCUAAGAACAAAGGUGAGUAUAAUGGCCAGAAUUCACAAAACUUCAGAGCUAGAACAGCACGGUCUCAAGGUAGUGUGGCACAAGGAGGUAGCUGGGCUCCUCUAUGUGGUAGAUGUGGUAGAAAACACUCAGGUAAGUGUCGUGAUGGCAAGACAGGUUGUUUCAAGUGUGGGCAAGAGGGACACUUCAUGAAAAAGUGUCCUAAGAAUAAGCAAAAUAGUGGAAAUCCAGGCAAUAGAUCCCAGUCUUCAUCAGUUGCUCCACCAGACAGGGCUGCAUCUAGAGGGGCUACUUUCGAUACUGGCGGAGGAACAAACCGCUUAUAUGCUAUCACUAAUUGCUUGAUCCAGCCAGUUGCGCGAGGGAUUGGGUAUUUCUAUUACUACAAGAGCAACAUCACAUCUCUGGAUGAAGAAUCUCAGAAGCUGGAGAAUAUCAGACACGGCGUGGAGGAAAGAGCAGAGGCUGCCCGGAGAAACUUACAAGUCAUUUCACCCAAUGUUGAGGCUUGGUUAACUAGUGUUGAUAUCACUACUGCAGAUGUGGCAGCUGUGAUGCAACGAGGUAGAAUUGAGGUUGAAAGAUAUGGUUGGUGUCCAAACUUGAAGUCACGUUACUCGCUGAGCAAGAGAGCCAAGAAAAUUACCCUGGAGAUGAUUGAACUUCGUAAUGAAGGUAACAAGCAUGAUGAUUUCUGCUAUCCUGUCGUAGAAAUUGAAGCUAUUUCUAGUAACAGUACUGAAGAAUUUGACUCCAGAAAAUUGCAAGAGGAAGAGGUCAUGGCAGCUUUGAGAGAUGAUGGGGUCAACAUGAUUGGGAUAUGUGGUAUGGGUGGUGUUGGUAAGACAACACUGGCUGAGAAAAUAAGAGCAAGGGCGAAACAAGAAAGGUUGUUUGAUGAUGUUGUCAUGGUAACUGUCAGUCAACAACCAGACUUCAAAAGAAUUCAGGGUGAGAUCGCAAGAGAAGUCGGGCUGACACUAGAAGGGGAUAAUUUGUGGAGUCGUGGAGAUCGGCUGCGUUCAAGGUUAAAGGAUCAGAACAGUCGCGUUCUUAUAAUCUUGGAUGAUGUUUGGGAGGCUCUUCAUGAUCUAGAGAAACUUGGAAUUCCCAGGGGUAGCAACCACAACCAUCGGUGCAAAGUGACAUUGACUACGCGUCUGAGAGAUGUUUGUGAAGCUAUGGAAGCUCAGAAGUUCAUGGAAGUUGGAACCUUACUUGAAAAUGAAGCAUGGAUUCUUUUUAGGCAGAAAGCCGGUAAUUUAGUUGAUCAUCCUUCUCUCCUUGACAUAGCAAAAGAUGUUGCCAAAGAAUGCAAGGGGUUGCCGCUUGCAAUUAUUACAGUUGCAGGAGCACUAAAGCAUAAAACCAAGCCUUCAUGGGAGGAUGCCCUAAAACAAUUACGUGAUGCAAAAACAAGAAAUAUCCCUGGAGUGCACACAAAGGUGUAUAAAAUUCUGAGGCUAAGCUAUGAUCACUUGGAAAGUGAUGAAGCCAAGUACCUCUUUUUGCUUUGUUCUUUGUUCGAGGAAGAUAGUGAUAUUUGGACUGAAGAAUUACUUAGGUAUGUAAUGAGGCUUGGCAACUUUUCGGAAAUCGAAAAUUUAGAACAUGCAAGAAAUAGAGUGUGUCUUCUGUUAGAAACACUGAAAGGUUGCUUCUUGUUAUCCCAAGGUUCGGACAAAAAUUAUGUCAAAAUGCAUGAUGUGGUCCGUGAUGUGGCUAUAUAUAUUGCGUCUGAAGGAGAGCAUAUCUUUAUGGUAAGUCAUAAUGUGAACUCGGAAGAGUUCCCAAGAAGAAUUUCUUAUGAGCAUUUCAGUCACAUGUCAAUUGUUGCAAAUAAAUUUGCUGAGCUUCCUAGACCAAUCGUUUGCCCAAAACUGAAGCUUCUAAUGUUAAAACUCUGUUUUGAAAAGCCAUUCAAAUUACAGGACGAUUUUUUUGAUGGCAUGAGUAAACUCAAUGUAUUAAGCAUGAGGGGAGACAGAUAUAAGGAGUCCAUUUGGCCUCUCCCAGGAUCCAUUCAGAGGUUGUCAAGUCUGAGGACGCUGUGUCUGAGUAAAUUAAGGUUGGAUGACAUAUCCGUUAUUGGGGAACUUGUCACUUUAGAAAUUCUCAGCAUCAAAGAUUCUCAGUUAGAGGAGUUGCCGGUGGAGAUAGGAAAAUUAACCAAUCUAAUUAUCUUAGAGCUGCGGAAUUAUAAGCAAGUAGAACUUGAAAGGAUUUCACCAGGUGUCUUAUCAAGACUCGUACGAUUGGAGGAACUACAUAUGGUGGGAGUAGAACAUUUUAGUUACUCCACCUUAAGAGAGCUGGAAUCCUUAUCGAGAUUGACUGCACUGACAUUAAGUAAAUGUUCCGGAGAUGUGAUCUACAAUAACUUGGGCCUUUCCUCCAAGUUGACACGGUACGCUCUUACAUUGGGUAGAGCUUACAAAACGACUUCAACCAUAGAUGAUUACGACAAGAAUAUUUCUUUAGAGGUCACUGAGACCACCCCAUUGGGUGAUUGGAUCUGCCACAAGCUUAGGAAGAGCGAACUUGUACAUUCAACUGGAGAGGGCUCCAAGAAUGUGCUGGCAGAGUUGCAGCUGAAUGAAUUUCAGAACGUGAAAUAUCUUCUCCUGGAUGAUUGUGAUUCAUUGACACAUUUAUUAAAGAUCCACUGUCAGAAUAAUAUUCCAUUCCCUGAACUCGAAAGACUGGAGGUAAGCCGUUGUCGCGGUCUACAGAAUGUUUUUUGUGUGCCCUUGGCUGGAGGGAGUUGGACAGUAGUUUGCCCUAAUGAUGAGGAAGAGGAGAUCUCUCGGAGGACUCGUGAAGUAAUCAAGUUCCCCAAUUUAUAUGAAUUGGACCUUCAUUCUCUGGAAUGCCUCACUCACUUUUGCAGUGACUGUGUUGAGGGCAUUGAGUUCCCUCGGUUACGGGAAAUGAGCUUCUUUGAGUUACCAGAGUUUCAAAAUUUCUUACCUACAACCAACAACUCCAUCACUCACUCAAAUCCUCUUUUUGAUGAAAAGGUUUCUUGUCUCAGUCUGGAAGAGCUAUCUAUCGAUGGAGCUAAUAGCAUAAGUGCUCUAUGCUCUCAGCAACUUCCAACAGCCUACUUCAGCAAACUUGAAUCAUUGUAUGUAUCAAAUUGUGGAAAAUUGAGAAACAUGAUGUCUCCAUCAGUGGCUAGAGGUGUUUUCAAUCUCCGAAUACUAAAGAUAGAUGGUUGUCAAUCAAUGGAAGAAGUGAUCACAGAAGAGGAACAACAAGGAGAAGAAAUCAUGACUAAUGAGCCCUUAUUUCCCCUGUUGCAAGAAUUGAGGCUUCAAAGUUUGCCAUGGCUUGGGCAUUUCUUUGUGACGAAGCAUGCUCUUGAAUUUCCAUUUCUCAGAGAAGUGACUAUUCAUGACUGCCGUGAAAUGGAGACGUUUGUCCAACAAGGAUUUGUGAGUCUCGAAAGGGUGAACAAUGACGAUGAGGUGAACAAUAAAGUGAUGUUCAAUUCUAAGGUUUCUUUUCCCAGCCUGGAAGAGCUAUAUAUCAAUGGAGCUAACAGCAUAAGUGAUCUCUGCUCUUACCAACUUCCAACUGCCCACUUCAGCAAACUUGAAAUAUUGAAUGUAAAGGAGUGUGCUAAAUUGAGAAACUUGAUGUCUCCGUCAGUGGCCAGAGGUGUUUUGAAUCUCCGAAUACUAGAGAUAAAUGACUGCCGAUCAAUGGAAGAAGCGAUCACAGAAGAGGAACAAGAAGAAGAAGAAAUCAUGACUAAUGAGCCCUUAUUUCCCCUGUUGGAAGAGCUGAAGCUUCAAAGGCUACCAAAGCUGAGGCAUUUCUUUCUCGCCAAGCGUGCUCUUGAAUUUCCAUUUCUCAGAGUAGUGUGUAUUCAUGACUGCCCUGAAAUGAAGACUUUUGUCCAACAGGGAUCAGUGAGUACCCCAAGUCUCGAAAGUGUAAACAAUGAUGAUGAGGUGAAAGUAGUUGAUCUCAAUAAAGUGAUGUUCAAUUCUAAGGUUUCUUGUCCCAGCCUGGAAGAGCUAGAACUCGACAGGGCUGAAAGCAUAAGUGCUCUAUGCUCUCACAAACUUCCUACUGCCUACCUUAGCAAACUUGAAAAAUUGUAUGUAUCGAAUUGUGCUAAAUUGAGAAACUUGAUGUCUCCGUCAGUGGCCAGAGGUGCUUUGAAUCUCCGAAUACUAGAGAUAAAAGACUGCCAAUCAAUGGAAGAAGCGAUCACAGAAGAGGAACAACAAGGAGAAGAAAUGACUAACGAGUUUUUAUUUCCACUGUUGGAAGAUCUGGAGCUUAAAGGACUGCCUAAGCUGGGGCAUUUCUUUCUGACAAAACAUGCUCUUGAAUUUCCAUUUCUAAGAGUAGUGAGGAUUCAUGACUGCCCUGACAUGAAGACGUUUGUCCAACAGGGAUCUUUGAGUACACUGUGUCUCAAAAGGGUGAACAAUGACAAUGAGGUGAAACUAGAUGAUCUCAAUAGAGCGAUGUUCAAUUCUAAGGUUUCUUGUCACAGCCUUGAAGAUCUAACUAUCCAUUGGGCUAACAGCAUAACUGUUCUAUGCUCUUACCAACUUCCAACUGCCUACUUCAGCAAACUUGUAAUAUUGGCAGUAAGGAAUUGUGGAAAAUUGAGAAACUUGAUGUCUCCAUCAGUGGCCAGAGGUGUUUUGAAUCUCAGAAUACUAAAUAUAGCAGGCUGCCAAUCAAUGGAAGAAGUGAUCACACUAGAAGAACAACAAGGAAAAACAAUUAUGACUAAUGAGCCCGUAUUUCCCCGAUUGGAAGAACUGCAGCUUGGAAGGCUACCUAAGCUGAGGCAUUUCUUUCUGACGGAGCAUGCUCUUAAAUUUCCAUUUCUUAGAGAAGUGAAGAUUGAUGAUUGCCCUGAAAUGAAGACGUUUGUACAACAGGAAAUAUCUGUGAGUACACCGAUUCUCAAAUGGGUGAACCAUGAUGAUGAGGUGAAAGUUGAUGAUUUGAAUAAAUGGACACAACAGAAGUUCAAUUCUAAGUCAUCUCUCUUCUCUGCUCGAUCCCGGGAACAAAAGGCAGGACAAGGCACUACCGAUGGCUACCAAUCUGAAGCUAAAGAUGGCGACGAAUCUAAAGCUACUGAUGGCAAAAAAUCUAAAGCAAGUAAUGGUGAUGAAUCUGAAGCUAGUGAUGACGAUGAAUCUGAAGCUAACUAUGGCGAUGAAUCUGAAGCUGCUGAUGAAGACGGAUCUGAAGCUACUGAGUCUCGAAAGGGUGAACCAGCUUGA